AUGCCACUGGACCCAAGAAGAUCAAAUGGCAUAUAUCAGGAGAAGAAAGAAGAGUUCAAAAAGAGAGUACUCGGGCAAAUUAGCAAAGAAAUUGAAGAUCUAUACUCCUGGUGGAAUGAAACAGCGGAAUUUCUGAUACGUACAGGAAAAGAGAUUUUAGGAGGCACUAGUGGAAAGAUCUGGAAAGAUAAAGAAACCUGGUGGUUCAAUGCUGAAGUACAACGGUUGUAUGAAGAUCUAGACAGCAAGGAAGGACAGGGAAAGGUCUUCCAACUGGCGAAGACAAGGAAUAAAAGCACAAAAGAUAUCGUACACAUUAAGCAAAUGAAAGAUGAGAAUGGAAAUUUAAUCAGCACAGAACAAGGAAACAUCAAGAGAUGGGAACAGUAUUUCUCUAAAUUACUGAACGAGGGAAAUGAACGGCUGAUCAGAGGUGAUGGAGAUGCUAACCAGGGUGCAGUCUUGGAAAUAUCAAGGAUAGAGGUGCAACAAGCGCUGAAGAAGAUGAAAAACGGGAAAGCCACGAGACCAGACGGCAUCCCCAUAGAAGCCUGGAAAGCGAUGGGAGAGGAAGGCAUUGUCGUGUUAAGGAUGCUGAGGGGGAAGGUGAUGGAGGAGGAGAAUAUCCCGACAAAAAUAUAUUGGUCACUGGAGAAAAAAUUUAAAACUUGGAAAUUAUACCCAUGGAUCCUAUGGAUUUUUCCAGAUUAUUCAAAUUUUGAUGUUUCAGAAUGUACUAGGAGCUGUAUUUUUAUCAUAGCCUACUGUGCUAUCAAGGGCGAGCGAUAA